AUGUAUGUUUCGCACUGGAAGAGCUCAUUGAGUUCAUUUAUGACUGUGCUGAGUUCAUUUAUGACUGUGCUGAUAGUGAAGUGGUGGGGAGUUGUGCGAGUAUACAGGACUGGAGUGCCCCUUCUCACUCCAAAUGGCUCCCUCGUAUUGGCAAUUGGAUCUUCACCGGUAACUAAUAUCAUUUUUACUACCCUCUUUGCUUCUUUCUGGCCUUUAUAUGGAAACCAUAGUUAUGGACAUCCAUAUGAGAAUGCCACUACUCGGCCUUCUUCCAUUAUGAAAGGAUGGCGUAAUGGUGACUGGAUAUGCAACUGUGGUUUCCAUAACUAUUCCUCGUGUGCACUGUGCAAGGAAUGCAACGCUCCUCGACCCCUGGUACUCUUCUCAUUCCUGGUCAGCAAAUAUAAAGGACUUGUGUACCAGUUGUGUCUUGGCUGCAGAUUAUCCGUAGUGAAGCAAUAGGGUAAUGGAGAUUGGGUGUGCACAUAUUGUAAUAAUCAUAAUUAUGCAUCUCAAUCAGAAUGCAAUAGAUGA